AUGAACCUGCCGCCCGACAAGGCCCGGCUGCUGCGGCAGUACGACAACGAGAAGAAGUGGGAGCUCAUCUGUGACCAGGAAAGAUUUCAAGUGAAGAACCCUCCACACACAUACAUCCAGAAGUUGAAGGGCUAUCUGGACCCAGCUGUAACCAGGAAGAAAUUCAGGAGAAGAGUUCAAGAAUCUACUCAAGUGCUCCGAGAACUGGAAAUUUCUUUAAGAACAAAUCACAUCGGAUGGGUCAGGGAGUUCCUGAAUGAAGAAAACAAAGGCCUGGACGUUCUGGUGGAGUACUUGUCGUUUGCACAGUAUGCAGUCACGUUUGACUUUGAAAGCUUGGAGAACAAUGUGGAGAACUCGAUGGACAAGUCCAAACCUUGGAGCCGAUCCAUUGAGGACCUGCACAGAGGCAGUAAUUUACCCUCCCCAGUUGGGAACAGCAUUUCCCGCUCUGGCAGACACUCCACUUUACGGUAUAACACCUUGCCGAGCCGAAGGACACUAAAAAAUUCCAGAUUAGUGAGUAAAAAAGAUGAUGUCCAUGUCUGCAUCAUGUGUUUACGGGCCAUAAUGAACUACCAGUAUGGAUUCAAUAUGGUCAUGUCGCACCCACACGCCGUUAAUGAAAUUGCACUAAGUUUGAACAACAAGAACCCCAGGACGAAGGCCCUUGUCCUAGAACUCUUAGCAGCUGUUUGCCUGGUCAGAGGAGGACAUGAGAUCAUUUUGUCUGCGUUUGAUAACUUUAAGGAGGUGUGCGGGGAGAAGCAGCGCUUCGAGAAGCUGAUGGAGCACUUCCGAAACGAGGACAACAACAUAGACUUCAUGGUGGCCUGCAUGCAGUUCAUCAACAUCGUGGUCCACUCGGUGGAGGACAUGAACUUCAGAGUCCACCUGCAGUAUGAAUUUACAAAGCUUGGCCUGGAUGAGUACUUGGAUAAGCUGAAGCACACGGAGAGUGACAAGCUGCAGGUGCAGAUUCAGGCUUACCUGGAUAACGUUUUUGAUGUGGGAGCUUUGCUGGAGGAUGCUGAAACCAAGAAUGCAGCCCUGGAAAGAGUUGAAGAACUGGAAGAAAACAUUUCCCAUUUAUCUGAGAAACUCCAAGACACGGAGAACGAAGCCAUGGCGAAGAUUGUGGAACUGGAAAAACAGCUUAUGCAAAGAAACAAAGAACUGGAUGUGAUUCGGGAAAUCUACAAGGAUGCCAAUACCCAGGUACACACCUUGAGAAAAAUGGUGAAGGAGAAAGAAGAAGCCAUCCAGCGACAGUCAACGCUGGAGAAAAAGAUCCAUGAACUGGAGAAGCAGGGAACCAUCAAGAUCCAGAAGAAAGGGGAUGGUGACAUUUCUAUCCUUCCUGUUGCUCUGGCCUCUGGGAUGGUGCCAGCAGUCUCAGAGGCUGGGGCUGGUACGUGUGUCACACCAGUGGCUGGAGCUGCAUCUUCAGUACCACUGCCACCCCCUCCACCACCACUGCCUGCCUUCGCAGCAGCAUCUGAGGCAGUGCAAAACGGGCCAGUGUCGGUGCCGAUGCCGCCGCCCCCACCACCCCCACCACCUCCACCACCUCCACCACCCCCUCCUCUCCCAGGUCCAGCUUUGGAGACAGCUCCUGUGGCUCUGCUGCCCCCACCCCCCCCACCCUCAGCACCCCCCCUGCCUGGGACAGCCUCUCCCACCGUGGUCUUCAACUCAGGGCUUGCAGCUGUGAAGAUCAAGAAGCCGAUCAAGACCAAGUUCCGCAUGCCCGUGUUCAACUGGGUCGCCCUCAAACCCAACCAGAUCAACGGGACGGUCUUCAAUGAAAUAGAUGACGAGAGGAUCCUGGAGGAUUUAAACGUGGAUGAAUUUGAAGAAAUAUUCAAAACAAAAGCCCAAGGCCCAGCCAUCGAUCUUACUUCAAGCAAGCAGAAGAUAACUCAGAAAGGGUCCAACAAAGUCACAUUACUGGAUGCCAACAGGGCCAAGAAUCUUGCCAUUACGUUAAGAAAAGCUGGAAAGACAGCAGAUGAAAUAUGCAAAGCUAUCCAUGUGUUCGACCUGAAGACGUUGCCCGUGGACUUUGUGGAGUGCCUGAUGCGGUUCCUGCCCACCGAGAACGAGGUGAAGGUGCUGAGGCUCUACGAGCGGGAGAGGAAACCCAUCGAGAACCUGUCCGACGAGGACCGCUUCAUGAUGCAGUUCAGCAAGAUCGAGAGGCUGAUGCAGAAGAUGACCAUCAUGGCCUUCAUAGGCAACUUUGCAGAAAGCAUCCAGAUGCUGACCCCGCAACUUCACGCAAUAAUAGCUGCCUCUGUCUCAAUAAAGUCAUCCCAAAAGCUUAAGAAAAUCCUGGAGAUCAUUUUGGCCCUUGGAAACUACAUGAACAGCAGUAAACGAGGAGCUGUGUAUGGGUUCAAGCUACAGAGUUUAGACCUGCUCCUAGAAACAAAGUCAACAGACCGAAAGCAGACCCUGCUGCACUAUAUUUCAAACGUGGUGAAGGAGAAGUACCAGCAUGUGUCCCUCUUCUAUAAUGAACUUCACUACGUGGAGAAGGCUGCUGCAGUGUCUCUUGAAAACGUCCUGUUGGACGUGAAGGAGCUGCAGAGGGGCCUGGACCUGACGAAGCGCGAGUACACCAUGCAUGACCACAACACCAUGCUGAAAGAGUUCAUUCAGAACAACGAAGGGAAGCUGAAGAAACUACAGGAUGAUGCCAAAAUAGCCCAGGAUGCCUUUGAUGAUGCUGUGAAGUACUUUGGGGAGAAUCCCAAGACGACCCCUCCCUCGGUCUUUUUCCCGGUGUUUGUCCGAUUUGUGAAGGCCUACAAGCAAGCAGAAGAAGAGAAUGAGUUGAGAAAAAAGCAGGAACAGGCUUUAAUGGAAAAACUGAUGGAGCAAGAAGCACUGAUGGAGCAACAGGACCAAAAGUCUCCCUCACAUAAAACGAAGAGGCAGCAGCAGGAGCUGAUCGCGGAGCUGCGGCGGCGGCAGGUGAAGGAUAACAGGCAUGUGUACGAGGGGAAGGAUGGUGCUAUUGAGGACAUCAUAACAGCCCUAAAGAAGAAUAAUAUCACUAAAUUUCCAAAUGUUCACUCGAGGGUAAGGAUUUCUUCUAGCACACCGGUGGUGGAGGAUACCCAGAGCUGGCAAGCAUCACUUUUUACUUAG